AUGCAUGCAUGUUCGUCGUAUUCGCGCAACCGAUCUCCUGUUGCACUUGUUCCUUGCCCUGUCUCACACAAACAAAACCAAAACGUCGACAAUAAGGGGUCAGGGAAGAAUAGCUUGAUGCCUGACGCUGCCUCUGAGGAGCAGUCUCCGCUUUUUGGAGUUUGGUACAAUGUGGCCAGCUAUGCAAGUGAUGGACGUAGCAUUUAUGAUUGCGCUUCCCUGGACUUCCAGGAAGACAACCUCGGGUAUACAUUAAGAGAGACAUAUGUUGACUUUGACAAUGGUAACAGAACCCAAAAGUCGUAUUUUGCUAGAGUCGACCCUACUUUUGAUGCUGGGAAUAAAGCGCAGUUUAUUGUCAGUCAUGAAGACGGAGAUAAAGUGCUACAGUUUCCCUUCUUCAUAUUAUCGACUGAUUAUGACAGCUACGCUAUCGCCUACACCUGUAAAACCUUAAAGAAGAAAGUUAGAACGCAUUAUGUGUUCACCUGGGUCCUCUCCAGGAAUAAGGAGAAACUACACGGCGAAACCCUGAAGAAUGUUGAGACUGCCCUCUCUAAGUACUCGGAGCUGGCUGAGCACAGACAGUCAUUUGUUUUAAAAGAUUUUAGCGACGCAACUUGCGCAUACGCAAAUAAAUAUGAAACAGACUUUUUUACCAGUAACUUUUGGUGA